UCAUUUCCGGUCCUAUUAGAACGUGCGGGGACUGCAAAUUCUUUCAACUCAAACGAAAUGGCUCAAAUCUUAAGUGGGACUAAAGCAUCAAAGUAAAGCAAAAAUCACAUUAAAUUUAGAGUGCUGCGUAUUAAAUAUCAUUAUCUCAUUGAUUGUGCCUGUGAAUGACGCGUUUCUUUGUCGCUUUUGUCUGACUGGCCAGCGCUUUUACUUUUACUUUCUGACUUUCAGUCUUUCAGUGUUUCACUUUCUGAGCGGAGCGAACUGAAACAAACUUUCAAAUUUCAAGACAAUCAAACACACUGCUCGACCCUAGGUCUAUGCCUACACUUACAAGUGAAGAAUACAUAUACAUUUUUGGUAAAAGUGCAUUUCAGGUGCAUAGUUUAUUUCUUAAGGAAACUUAUAUGAAUUCUUCAUUAAUCAUUAAUUAUGAACUCUGGCAGUAACUUGUAACAGUGCUAAAUUUUCUUUUUUAUUUGAUUUCUAAAGUCUAAAAGCGUCUUUGAACAGCCCCCAAUGUUACAUUUACAUAGCCGCAAUUUUUUCACCUAUAAGUUGGUAUGCUAAGUGAAAUUUUUGGUAAAUUUUGACUACCAUUGACAAUAUUUUCUCACAUCUUGGCCUUGGUUAACUAACACGUCAUGUAAAGUCAUCUAUCCCUAUACUAUGCCUAACCUGAACCCUAAAUCAAUCCCUAUGCCUAACCUGAUCCCUAAAAUAAUUUAGUAAAAAUAAGCAAAGGGAAGUCACUCCCUGGAAAAUAAGUCGUGGCAAUCGUAACUAGGAUUAGCCAAAUUGGUAAACUGAAGGCAUGCUCACAAAAAGAAUUAAAUAUAGCGAUGUCUGUGUGUGUGAAGUGUGUGUGUGUUAAUUUUAAACUUAAUAAAAUAUUCCAUUUUGGGAUAGGGGCCAAAAAUAUUUUUUUCCUUAUAUGACAUGAGCUAUACAAAUAUAAUUUCAAAAAAGGCUCCUGCAUGACUGAAUGGAUCUAGACCAUGCAUAGAACACAUACUCAUACACUUGAUUAUCCAUAUUCAAAUUCUGAAGGGUACUGAACUCAAAGUCAUAAUAUCCACCCUUUAGGUGCUGGGGGCACCAAUGGGGAGAUCAUUCACGCUUGGGGCUGUUCAAAGUUGUAAUAGAAGUCAAAUAAAUAGAAAGUUAGGGCUUUACAAUUUAGUGUCUGUUAACUAUUACUGCCUAGAGUUAAUUUAAUAAGAAUGCACAUAAGUUUAUAUGCGAAAAUACAAAAUUCGUUUAGAAACUGCACUUUUACCCAAUUUGUUUUUUCCUUACCAUAACCAACUGACAGUGAUAGACAAUAACAAAGACAAUCCAGAAUCCAUAUUUUAAUUAAUUAAAGUUUAAGGGACCAUUGCAUCAGCAUGUCAUGAAAUUGUCAAUCUUGGACUUGACAAGUCAAUGAACUCACUUGUUUUUCUGACCAUACUUGUUUUAAGCCUAUUAAUUAUUUAAUUUCAUUGUCCAUCUACAGACACUUUAAGACACCAUGAUGAAGCAUGUAAAAAUUGAUAGUUUAUCCCAAUGUAAAUUUCAUGACUCGUGUCAAUACAUGUUACAUCAACUCAUUGUGGUAAAAGUGUAGUUCGUGGGUUUUGCCUAGAGUUGUCUCUCUAAGCACAGUAAGUUCACGUUGGGGAAUCCCAUCACUGGACUUAGGGUGCAUAGAUGAAUAGUUGGUCCUGAACAAUGUGUAUGAUAACUUUCCCAUUCUUCACUCAGCAUUAUUCGCAUCAUAAACUAUUUAUAAUGAUCAAAAUUUGGUUAGUUUUUAUCCUAAUUCAACUUACAAGGUUCAAAAGAAAUUUUAAUAAUCUCAUCCUUGCUGAUACAUCAAGAAUAACACUGGGAAAAAAAUGUGUAUAUUGUUAAAAGUGCUGUCUUUUGUUUUGAUAGGUUGAAAAAAGAAGUACCCGCAAGCUAUUCAUUUCUAUAAUGUCACCAUUUCACUUUCACAGGACAUUUCAACAUAAUUUAAUGGAGAGGAGGACCCCCUUUUUCAGGACAAAAAAAUAAAAAUUAAAAUAAAACUUUCUCAAAUAAAUACAGAGCAAAAAAUCAAAGUUGCUUGAAUACAAAACUAUGGCUGGUAGUUGAGCCUCCAUAACAUAUUUACUGUGGAAGACAUUGCCGCCCCUGCCACUGACUGUAUUUUAGUUUUCAUUGCCAAUGUAAGGCAUUGUUAGACUCAACCUCUUUCUCUACUUAUACAAUAUACCAAUAACCAUCACUUCCCAUUGGCAUACCUAGUGGUGUUGAUAGGAUUAACAAAGUCUGGGGUUCCAUCAAAGCAGCUGCCAUUGGCUAUGCAAAAUAAAGGGCGGCAAAGGCACCUGAAUAAAAGUCAGGGGAGAGGGAUCAGUAUUGACUAGUGACAUCACAUUAGAGUUGUUAUAAUCAGGUACUGAAAUAAAUGAGUAUCAUGAAACAAACAAAUACCGGGUACUUACUUAUAGAUUUACAACUCAAAGGCAAUUUUUCUUUACCAAUGAAAAUGUAUUUUUUGUUUUAGGAAAUUUUAAAAUGCUUAAAUAUUGCUCUUGAAAUACGCUGCUAAUCUAGAAAAAGAACAUAAAAUGAAUAAUUUAGCAUUGUUUUCCUUUUACCAAAUUGGCUGCAAUUUGAGGAAAAGCUAUGAUACUACAGCAUGUUAAUUUCUUUGUGUAAAAGAAUUUUUCUGUGGUUUUCUCAUACACUUUAUACAUAGCGUAGUAAGUGAAAUUAAGCGUCUAUAAGUUAAGGAUUAUUCAGCUAUUUUAACCUUAUUUUACUAAACAUUAUACAAAUAUUUGAAAAACAGCAUCCAGCAAAUAAUUAUUAAUUAGAUAAUCAUAUAGGUGCCAACUUACCUACGUAAAAUAACUUUACAGCGGUUUUUAUAUAUUUGCAACCUGUGAUCCUUUUGUGGCACACUGGUCUAAUCAGUCAUCUCAACUUUAUGUUUUCGAUACAUGUGUUGUUGUUUUUUUCCAUCAUAGUGAAAUCAAACAAAAGCUUAAGGAAGAGGUCAUUCAAUUCCAAACAGAAUAUCCAAACUUUAAGCCAGGUCUUGCGAUCGUUCAGGUAUUUACUCUUUAUCUUUCAUGUAAAAAGCCCGCUUGUACUGGCAUAUAAAAUUUGAUUAGUUUCAACAUUGUAUUGCUGCAAGAAAAUUUUACAACAGGUUAUCGAAAUAAAAUACUUUUCUCAUAUAUGCACCUAUAAAUUAGUAUAAAUAGAUUAAUGAAGUGUUAGUGUUGCAGAACUUCAGUAAUGUACAAAGUUGUUCAAAAUGCAUUUGAUUAGGUUGGUGACAGAGAUGACUCCAAUGUAUAUAUUGGCCAAAAGCUUAAAUCAGCUGCUGAAGUAGGUGUUGAAGCUCAACACAUUAAGCUCCCUCGCUCAUCAACACAGCAUGAGGUAUCUACAAAAUGAAGUUCUUUUUUAAAAAUAUUUUGUUCCUAUUUUUUUUAUAUUGUUCUAAUAUUAAACAAUUCUUCACUUGCAGUUUUGUCCUUCCUGUUAUAUGUGUGUUACCUCUGUUCUUCUAUGAUGUAUAGAUUAUUUAAAAUGCCCCCCCCCCCCCCCCCCCCCCCCACUUUUACCCACCUUGAGACUAACUGCUCUAGCAGUAUUUUUUAAUUAUAAAAAUUUAAGGAGCACUUAAGGAGCCAAAUAGGCUAAUUAUAAUCAUUAAAAAAUAUAGCUUCCUUCACUCAUCAUAAUAUGUAUACCUUACUUAUAUUUGAUAAUGUACAUCUUAUUCUUACAGGUGCUGGAGUGUGUGGAAAAACUAAAUAAUGACACAAGUGUUCAUGGAAUUAUUGUUCAGGUGUUUAAAUAAUUUCAUUUAUAGUCUGUGCCAAUGCUGCUCUUCUGAUAAUAAGCAUAUGAUAAAAUUAACCAAACCACAUUUGAUUUAACAUAAUUUUAAAAAAAUCUUUCUCUUGCCAAGGGCCUUAAUUUUCAUAUUGCAAGUGAUAAGUUACAUGUUUUUCUUUAUACUUUUAUUAAAAUUAUUUUUGUAAGCAAGUGAAUUAUCAUGAAAGUAAGAUUUUAAAGGAAAAAAAAAACAACACAUUUUUUGAUGUCCAUGUUAAUGUUUAACAAUGCAUUUUCAGCUCCCUCUAGAGAGUGACAAUGUGAUUGAUGCUCACCUUGUAACUAAUGCAAUUCUUCCCAGCAAGGAUGUUGAUGGGUAAGCUUUCAAAAUGUGUCAGCUGCUUAAAUGCUUGUGCAUGGUCAAGAAUAAAAUCAAUGGGUGGAUUUUUUGUAUAAAUGCCAUGCUGUGCAAAGCAUACAUUUUUAGUUGGCUUAUAAACAAAACAGGUCGCAGAUGAAUGUAAGAGUUAAUGUCAGUUUUAACCCUCAAGAAGUUCAUUUUUAUUUGGAACUAGAAUUGUUAUAAGACCUAUAGAAUACACUUUAGAUCGACAUCCCCAUAACUCACGCCCUUUAUAAAGAUGAAACGUGAUCUUUUAUUAGUUUUGUGUUGGUAUAUUUUGAGAUAUUUGUUAUUGAUAUAUCUAUUAUUAAUGUAUCUAUUUUUCAGUGCUUUAUUGCAUAGUUUCUACUAAAUCUUGAGAAUGUAAUUAACAUUUACUGAAGAUUCCUUAUACUAUUUUAGCUGAUGAAAUCCGUCAAAAUAUUAACUAUUACAGUCAUUUCAGCUUCAUAAUAUUUAAAUGCAUUUUAAAUUUCUGCAUAAAACUUUCUCAGUUUACAUCAGAGCAAUGCUGGGCGUCUUGCUCGUGGUGACCUUGAUAGCUGCAUCCUGCCUUGCACUCCAAGAGGAUGCAUGGAACUUAUAAAAAGAACAGGUACCUUUUAAAAUCUCUACCACAAAUGUAUACAUUGUAAUUUGAAAAAAUAAUUUAUAAGCUUACUUAUACACAGAUUUGAAUAAAUUUGAGAUAGAAAACAAAGUAUGAAUUUUUGAAAAUAUAUUUGUGUAAAUGUGUCUAAAUACUUGUGUAAUAGUUCAAAGACUCAAAUUUGCUAAAAGCAUUUUUAGUCUCUAAGAAGAAUAUCUCUUUUAUCAAUUGCCAUUUUUAUUUAUUAUGUUAAAAUAACAUGUUCUUUUCAGGGGUUGAUGUGCGAGGAAAGAAUGCUGUUGUUCUUGGGCGUAGUAAGAUUGUUGGUGCUCCAAUGUCAGACCUACUGUUGUGGAAUCAUGCCACAGUAACAGUUUGCCAUUCACAAACAGCUGACUUAAAAGCAGAGGUUUGUAGAUCUCAUUUCCAUUAUCCUUUUUACUUGUCUUUAUGAACUUAUCAUUUAAAAAGGGGCAAUUAAAUAGUAUAAUCAGUUAAAAUAAUCAGUUAAAAUAAAAUUUUGGAUUAGCCCUAUUGUGCACUUCACAAAUUUAGGAAAUGUAAAUAGUUGAAAUAUAUAAUAAAAAACUGGUUUUGGUUACGGCUACAUGGAUCAGCAAGGAAUAUUCAUUCAUACAUUAAUUUGAUUUAAAUCUUAUUUCAAAUAUUUAUUAUAAAGUUAAGUCAAACCACUCAAAUCUAAUAAGGUUUCAAGAGCAGACAUUCUUGUUGUGGGAAUAGGAAAACCUGAAUUAGUGAAAGGAGACUGGAUCAAGCCUGGGGCAAUAGUGAUUGAUUGUGGAAUUAACUCAAUACCAGGUAACACAGUUAUCCAAAGAAAAUUAAUUAUUUGUCUAUGUCUUUACAGACAAGAAUAGCUUCUUUUUUGCUAUUUUUUGGCAAAUUUAAAAUGAGGUUACCCUUAAUGUUAACUUGCCAAGUACUUUCAACAAGGGCUAACAAUACAAUCUUACAUUUAAAAAAAAACAUGAAUUAAUAAAAUGCUCUAUAAACUAUUUUGACCGAACAAAAAAAGUAUACUUUGCUUUAAAUACUCAUGAAAGAAAAAAUAAAUUGAAAAAUAAAAAAUUGUGAUUUUCUAUUUAAAAAAUGAACUUUCCAAGGGAACUAAUAUAUAAUAUUAACUUGAAAUGUGAACAAACAAUGCUUAGUUUUGGGAUUUCAUGAUUUGUUUUUUAAAAUAGAGAAAAUAUUUUUUAAAAGCUAUUUAUUCUCUGCGCAUCUUCUCAGAUGAUACCAAACCGAGAGGCUAUCGACUUGUGGGUGAUGUUGAAUAUUCAUCUGUUAAGGAAGUGGCUUCAUGGAUAACUCCAGUUCCUGGAGGUGUUGGGCCCAUGACAGUGGCCAUGUUAUUGAAAAACACAGUUGACCAGGCUAAGAAAAGCUAUGAAAAGCUGGCUGUAAGUAUACAAUUUUUUUUCCCCCUUCAAUGAUUUCCCAAAUGCUAGGGUUUGGUAUGUAAUAUUUGUGCACCUUUUACCCAGAAUUGGCUUCACAAUAUAAGUUUAAUUCUAAAAUGAGAAGUAAACACUAAAUCAGACUGUAAGAGGGGAAUAGUAUAUAUAAUCUAAAUAUGCAAUCUUAUCUUAUAAAAACGUUUUCUGGUCCAUGUCGUCACUUUUUGUCCUUUUUUUUUCUUUGUGUGUGUGUAUAUCUGUAUGUUUAUUUUAUAUCCAUUUUUUUCCCCAGUAGGUCCAAUCAAGCAAGUAAAAAAAUGGGGUUUAUUGUACCAGUUUUGUUUUUCUUUAAACUAUGUCCAUCCACUUUUAGAUAACAUUUUAUUUGUUAAAGAUUAUUGUAGUAAUUCAUUCCAAACUUAAUCCUGCCACACUUAUGUGUUCAUAUGUAAUUUUUUUCUUUCCAAAGCUUCUUGGGUUUAUGAAAACUUUAAAAAAAUCUCAUACAAUAUCAGUGUAAAUACAAAUUAUUUUAAAUUUAAUGAUAUGAUGUACUGAACAAAAAGAGAUUUAUUUGCAUCAACAUUUUAUGAUGAGAAACAAUUUUCUUUAAUAUAAAAUGUCUUUUACGGAAAUAAAAAUACUGAUGAUUAAAAGGCUCAAAUAAUUUGUUCAAAUAUGAAAUUUAAUCAAACGAAAUACAAUAUUUACAAACUGUUUAAAGCUUCUUCAGUUCUACCCCUCCGCGACCGUUUUUUUUCUUUUUUUUUCUAAUUUGAAAUGCCUUGGAUCAUGCACAAUAUAUUGAAAAAUAUAUUAAAUGGAAUUGAAAUGAAGACAGAUAAUGUAACAAAUGAAAAGUUGUUUUUUUCAGUUAAUAUCACAUGUAUAACCAAAAAUAAAUUAAUCUUGGAAAGAAUCUCAUGCAAUGCUGAGCUAUUUAUUUUAUUAAUAGUUAUUUUAUUUUUAAGAUUCCUUAGCAUACAUUAUAUUUAAAAAAUAUUCAAUGCCAAUUAUUUGAAAUUAUAUAGAUAUGAAGGAAUUUCCAAAUAUUUACUUCAAAAAAGUUAAUAAUUUGUUACCAUGUUUAAUAAAAAUUUACAAAAUUUAUAUUGUGCUAAGAUUCUUAGUUCUUUCAGUUAUCACAAUUGUUCUUGUUGCAGUUUUCACUAUUAAGAUAAUGGAUCUCAGAUGAUCAAUUUUACUUGUAUAUGAAUGAGUGUAAAAGAAAUAGUCUAAUUAAAAAACAAUAAAAUAAUUUCACAUGUCCACAGCGUAUUUGUUGUGACUAGUGUUUUCUGUUCUGUUUGCGUCUCGCUGUCAGCUUUUUGUUAACUAAAUAGUUAAGGAACUUGUUUAAAUCUUGUAAUCCCGUAAACAGAAUUUUUGGUACUGAGAGAGUAGAAUAAGGAUGAAAGCUAUAAUUCUAAAGGAUAGCAAUGUUUGAAAUUUGAGAGUUACUGGUGCACGUUUAGAUUAUUGUGUCUUGUUUUUUUACUAAAAUUUUAACAGGACGGGUAUUUUUUUUUCCCUGGAAGGUAUACUUAGUAUACUAACUUGGAAACCCAUUUGGGCAAGUUAAAAUGGUUUAACAUUCUAUUUUUUUAAAUUUUAGAACCUCCAAAACAUUUUUUCCUUCAACUAUAAAUGUGUUGAAUGCAAAACUUAUAAAUUCUAAGUGAUAACCUCUUUGUUUAUGAAGCUAAUAAUUUUUUUUACAUUAUUUAUCUUUCAAAAUAUUUUGGAUCAUGCAUUUUUAAGAUAUAUUUGGGAUCCUUGAUCGGUCUUUUUCAAUUUAAAAAAAUUUAACCAACUUCCCCACAGAGCUGAAAUUCGGUUCACACCUUCCACAUGUUAAAUGCUUUAAAAUAGAUCUGUCAUUUAUUUUGUCAGAACUUGUUAUAUUGACCUGUUCCAGAACAUACUAAGUUUAAAAUUUCAUAUUUUUCUUUAUCAAAUUUUGUGAUAUAAUUGGUGUCAAAUCUCAGGGGGUGUUACUAAGAAAAAUUACUAAUUAUAGAAAAGCAUGCUAUUUCAUUUAAGAAAGUUCCCUGAAUUUAAAAAGAAAAAAAAAAAACAAAGAUUAAAUUCUAACAUAACGUGCAAUAAAAAAAAUAAAAAUUUUAAAACAAAUUUUACAUUAUUAUCAUUAAGUUCUUUUUAGUUUUAUGUGUUACUACAUUGCAUGUAUUCGUACACCUAAAAUAACACUGACCUCAGGUGAUGAGUUUUGAAAAUUUCUUCGUGUGGACUGUAGGUUGCUACUGAUUGGAGAAUUCAGUAUUUACAACUUAACCUCAAGGAUCCUGUUCCAAGGUAAGCCAAGAUAUCAGCUUGAUGAGGUAAGUACUUCGUUUUGACUUAAGAUUUUAAUACCAACUAUGGUACUAUGAUUAACUUCAAUCUCCCCUCCGUCUACAUCAGUGCUGUCCAACCUUUUUGACUACUUGGGCCAAAAAAAAAUUUCAGAAAAAACCAAGGGCCGCACAUGACAUCUCUAAAGAACUAUUUAAAAAAAUACUUUUUAGAAAAAUGACUCACAUUAUUAAUACUUAUUACCUCAUGCAUAAUGAAUCAUAUAUCUAAUGCCAAUAUAUGCUCAUCGAGAAUAUAAAUAAAGAGAAUAAAAACUGUAUCACUAUUUAAUGAUAUAUUUUGCUUUGAAUUGUUAUUGUAAUUUUCUUAAUUUGAGGUAGCUAUCAUUAGCACCUGGCCUCAUUAGAUUUUCUUAAUGUUCACCAGUCAAAGCGUUACAUUUUUUUGGACUUGAUGUUGAUCAUUACAGAGAAUCCAGCUUCACUGAUGUUGGACCAAAACAUGGUCCAAAACUUUGUUAUAACAUUUUCAUAGUUGUGGAAAUUUACCAGAAGAAAAAAACGUCAUCCAGAAUUUAUUUGGCCACACAUCAUUAUGUUUAUUUAUAGAAACAAAUACUUUUAAGAAUCGUUCCUACUGUCCCUCACAAUUCCUCACUGACUGAAUUUCUCUGACUACAAACAAACACAACUUGCUUUCUAAUCAUUGAACAGCUCAUACUCCGAUCUCUGAAUACCAAGUACUUGUCCCCAACGUCACAACAAUACAGGAUGGACACACACACUCUCCCAUACCUGUCAAGACUAUCGAUUUAACAUGAUACCAUAAAUGGUUCACACUGCCAACCGUAGUCUUUCAAUUGUGACACCCUUAGUACCUCGGUUCUCAUCUCCACUACGCUGACCCGAAGAUUUACCUCUUAUAUUAUCAUCAUCCCACAAUGAGCAGUAGUUUAACUCACGGUGCUCACUUAUAUAUUUCAUAUAGAUUGUCCCGUUGGUGGGGACAUGGACACUUUUAAAAUGACCAAAUAGCUACUCAUCAAGUUACUUUUGGUUUAUCUGUUCAUCUUUCCCAACGCCGUUAGUGAUCAUACACGAUACCCUGAGACCCCUCCCAAUUAAAAGCAACAGAAAGCAAUUUUAAAUCAACCAGGUUCCCAAAUGGAUGCUCUGCUGAUGUGCUUAACAUAAAUAGCUGCUAAUAUUUUCACCCUAAAAUGUUUAAUUUUUUUACACACAUCAUAAAAAUGUUUUAAAAUUGUGGCGGGCCCAUGGACCAUGGGUUGGAUAGCAUUGGUAUACAUCAGCGGUUCUCAACCUGUGGGUCGUGACCCCUUUGGGGGUCGAAUGACCACUUCCCAGGGGUCGCCUAAGACCAUCGAGAAACACAUAUACUCUACAAUUGUGAAGAAGCAACGGAAAUAGUAUUGUGGUUGGGGGUCACCAAAACAAUUGGAAUUGUAUUAAAGGGUCGCAGCAUUAGGAAGGUUGAGAACCACUGGUAUACAUGGACAUUUCUCAUUAACUAGCCACCAGCCUCUGCAUUUCUUACCUUUGAGCUAUGACUAUACCGUUACUGUCACAAUAAGACUAGCCUCGUCCUGGAGGUGGUUAGUGUCCGUUGAGAAUUCUCCACCCACCCACUAGAGACCAACCGAAAGUGAUUUUUCUGAUUUCAGCCGAAGCCGAAAAUAGGCCGAAAGUUUUAAAAUGACUUUCGUCCGAAACCUAGAAAAGCCAAAAGUUAAAAAUGACUUUUGGCCGAAACUGAAAAUGAAAUAUUUAAAUAUUUUGAAAUUCGUUUGUAGUUUGUUAUUAAAGAUCAUUUAGUUUGUUCAAAAAAGAUAGCUAAGUUUUUUCUUAAAGAUCCCUUAGUUUGUGUUAUUAAAAGAUCGUUUAGUUUGUUGUUGAAGAUCGCUUAGUUUUUUUAUAAUGUUCGCUUAGUUUGUUCUAAUAGAUAAUUGAUUUUGUUCCUUAAGAUCAAAUAGUUUGUUCUUAAAGAUCUUAAAGUUUAUUCUUAUAAAUUAUUUAGUUUACUAUUAAAGAUCAUUUGUUUUUGUUCUUAAAGAUCAUUUAGUUCGUUCUUAAAAAUUGCUUAGUUUGUUCUUUAAGAUCGUUUAGUUUUUUUAUUAAAGAUUGCUUAGAUUGUUCUUAAAGAUCGCUUAGAUUGUUUUAAAGAUUGUUUAGUUUGUUCUUAAAUGUCACUUAGUUUGUUGUUAAAUAUCGUUUAGUUUGUUCUCAACUCUUAACUUGUUCUUAAAGAUCGCUUUAUUUGUUUUUAAAGAUCACUUUAUUUGUUUUAAAAGAUCACUUCAUUUGUUUUUAAAGAUCGUUUAUUUUGUCCUUAAAGAUCGCUUAAUUUGUUCUUAAAGAUUGUUUAGUUUGUUCUUAAAUGUCGCUUAGUUUGUGGUUAAAUAUCGCUUUCGCUGAGUAAUAGAUGACUGAAAACCUCAGUCACUUUCGGCCAUCUUGCCAAAAGUCUAAGUCAAUUUCGGCCGAAACUGAAAAAAAACGAAAGUUAACUUUUCUCUUUCUGCCGAAACCGAAAUUAUGCCGAAAGUUAACUUUCAGUUUCGGCCAAAACCGAAACUUGGCCGAAAGUGAUAAAAUGACAACUUUCGGCGCCGAAACCGAAGCCGAAAUUCGGUCGGACUACCACCCACACUACCCAAGUUUUGUUUUUAUCUCAGUGAUAUAGACAUAGCCAAGUCCCAAGUACCCAAAGAUGUCUCAGUUCUUGCUCAAGAAAUCAACCUGCUCCAUGAAGAGGUUGACUUGUACGGAAAGAAAAAGGCCAAGGUCUCACUGAAGGUGAUAGACAGAUUGAAGGCUCAGAAGGAUGGAAAAUAUGUGGUUGUUGCUGGGUCAGUAUUUUCUACCGAAAAUAGUAAAUAAAACAGGAUUUUUGUGUCAAGGUUGUAGUGUCUUGGGAGCUUUGAGCAAUCAUAAAUAUUUAUGUAUUUUUAAAAUGAGGGUUUCAUUAUUUAUGUGUAUGAUAAUGUAAUUAAAUUUGGAGUAAGUAGUUAUUAUAUUUUCAUCUAUGUUAAAUAAAUAUGUGCCAAAAACUCUUUAAUUCUUAAAAUAAUACCAAGUUUGAUAAAUUCAAUUAAGGAAAUUAAAUGCUAAAAUAUAACUAGAUGACCUUGUCAGAAUUAAUUUAACAGUUAACAUUUUUCCAACUUGGCUCUUAGUAAGCUGGCAUCAGUAAUUUGUUAAAUGUUGCAUCACAUAGCAUCACACCAACCCCUCUUGGUGAAGGUAAGAGUACCACAACUGUUGGACUGGCUCAAGCUCUUGGCGCCCAUCUCAAGAAGAAUGUAUUUGCAUGUGUCCGUCAGCCAUCUCAAGGACCAACAUUCGGAAUUAAAGGUAAAAGUGAUUUUUGCCAGAACUUAACAACUUAGAAUCCAAAACAUAUGUACUUUUUAUCAUUUCUUUAAUGUGUUGGUGGUUUUUGCAGUUGUUUUUGGAGUUGGUAAUUUACUUAUCCAUCAGUUAAAUAGUUAAUUAACUGUUGGUAGGUAGUAAGGAAAAGUGGAAAACCUAAAUAUUUCUUAAUUUUUAAGCCCCAUGAAAAAUGGGAACAAAUAUUAAUUUAUUUACAAUGUAGGUCUAGAAAGUUUCUUUAUCUCAUCUUUAAAAGAGAUUGUUACAACAGAAAUGAAUACAUUUCAACUUAAAAUAUUUGAAUUUUUAAAUAGGCGGGGCAGCAGGUGGAGGCUACUCUCAAGUAAUUCCCAUGGAGGAGUUCAACCUGCAUCUCACCGGAGAUCUCCAUGCCAUCACGGCUGCCAAUAAUCUUCUUGCUGCUGCCAUUGAGGCCAGGAUGUUUCACGAGGCUACCCAAUCAGACCAAGCCCUGUACAAACGGCUAGUCCCUGACAACAAAGGUCAGCGAGAUUUCUGCCCCAUUCAAUUGCGAAGGCUACAGGUAAGGAAAGAUAGGUCCUUCAUGUAUUUAUAUUUUUAUAUUUCAGUCAGCAAACAUAAUCAGCAACUUGAUUUAUAUUAAAUAACUUAGCGUGUCCCUUAAAUAUAAACAUUUUAUAAAUUACUUAGCUUGUCCCAUAUAUACAAAUAUUUUAUAAACAUUAAGAUUCAAAUGUUCUGAUUUAUUUCUUAAAUGACACAAUUAUAACCAAGUUGUCAGUAAUAGAUUUAAGUGGCAAUACAUAUUGGGUUAUUUUAUUUAUUAUUUAUUUAUGCCUUUUUCCUUGCCUGGGGCUUAGGCUGUCUACAAGAAUUUUCCAUUCAUUUCUGUCCUGUGCUUUCGUUUCCAGUUGCUUCCAAGUGUAUCCCAUACUUUGUGUGUCUGCCUAUAGCUUGCGCCUCCAUGUGUUCUUUGGCCUUCCUCUCUUCCUUUUUCACUGUGGAUUCCAUGUUAGUGAUUUGUCUGGUGAUAUUGUCUGAGGGUUUACAAACAGCGUGCCCUAUCCACCUUCAACUUUCCUUAUGAUGUCUUCAGCAAUAGGCUCUUGGUAUGUCCUUUCAAGUAAGUCAUUGAUAAUUUUUUGCCAUUUUUUGUUCAGGAUCUUUCUAAGGCCAGUGUUUGUGAAAGUCUGUACUUUCUGCGUGAUGCUUACUUUUGUUCUCCAAGGAUUGUAUUGACCUUUGUUUUGACAAUUCUGACUUUGGUUUGCAGAGUCAGCUCCUUUAACUCCCAUAUUUUCUUUAAUAUCACAAAAGCUGAUCUAGCCUUUCCAAUUCUAUGGACUUUUCUACAAUGAUGCUUAGUGUUGCAAUAUGGUCUGUGCAUGGCCUGUUUUUGCGGAAGCCAGCCUGUUGAUCUCGUUGCAAGUCGACCUGGUCCUUCAUUCUAUGCAGAAUAAUUAUGUUAAAGACAUUUUAUAGUACGUACAGUUGUGUGAUUCCUCUUGAUGAAGUAUUCUUCUUUCCAAUCUUUUGGAACUCUCUUCUUCCCAUAUCUUUUCAAACAGUGGGUGUGGCACAUUGACUAUUGCAUAUCUAUCUGCUCUCAUCAUCUCUGUUGUGAUGUUAUCUGGUCCCAAUUUUAAGCUGUUUGAUAGCCUGGGCUAUUUCUUCCUUAUUUGGGGCCCUGUCUUCUAUCUGUAAAUCUUCAUUUGCUGGUUUUGUGGCAUUGUUUCUUGGUUGUAAAUGGUGUGUCUGUGGGUGAUGGUCUGUUUAGUAAUUCCUCAAUUCUUUUGGUUUCGUUACUGAUCUACCUUGCUUGUCUUUAACCGGUCUCUCUGGCUUCUUGUAUCUUCCUGAGACCUUUCUUGUUAUAUCAUAGAGCUUUUUCGUGUUCCCCUUUCUGGCUGCUUCUUCUGCCGUUGACGCUAGACCAUCUAUGUUCUGUCCUAUGUUUUAUCCUUUUUACUACUGAUCUUUACCCUUCCAUAGGCUUCUUUAUAUUUCUCCUGUGCUUUUGUUUUCUCUGCUCUCAUGCGGCAGACUUCAUGUCUUUUCCCAAUCUUAGUAUUUAGAUCUCCCAUUAUGAUAUUCAGAUCUCUACCUGUAAAUUUUUCUAGUAUGGCUAUUGUAGAAAGCUUCUUAUUCAUCUAUCUUACUAUCGUUGGGUGCAUAGCAAUGUAUUUCAUCCAUAUUUAUUGUCUUCUUCACUGUCUGCAAUGUUGCUGUAAUAAUUCUUGUGCCAUGUGUGACAUCAUGAAAGCAACUCCUUGUGUGUUUGUUGAGCAUUUCCUCCUCAUGCUCUCAGUAAAUUAAUGUUUCUCCCGAGACCAGUGUUAACUGAACAGCUUGUUUCGGAAUGCAGAGCAGGGUGAGCUUGUAUGUUCUAAUUUCUGCUGUCACUUGUGCUAAUUUGCCUGUUUUGUACAUGGUUGUAACAUUCCACUAGCCUAUGUUUAUUGCCUUUGAAAGGAGGGUCCUUAGGCUUUGAAGCUUCCAGUAUAACCUGGGCACAAGGCUUAAUAACUCUACUUUGGAAAGAAAAGCCCUCUCUUAUCAUAGCUGAAAUUGCUUGGUUUUUUUCUUCUUCUUUUUGACGUUUCUGCAGCAAUGAGUUUUUGUACAGGUGAGUUAGCUGGCCUUACGCCACUCCUCCUUUUGCACUAGGGCUUGGGACCAGCCAUGAUGAAGUUACAUAUUGUAUAACAUGACUUAAUUCAACCUCUGUUACUGAAUUUAAUUUUACAAACUGUCAUUGUUAAUUUAAGCACAACUUGUUUGAGACCUAUGUCAGGCACAGACACCCUUACAUUUUUGGAUCCUUGUUCAUAACAUUCUUCUUAAAAACUAAUUUUGAUUUUAUUCCUCUUAUCACGUAAGCUUAACAUAAAUAACCUUGAAUUCUAUUAUGGAUCUUCCAGAAACAAUGUUAUAGUAAAUGUAUUAUAAUUUCAUUUUGAUUCAAUAUAGAAACUAGGCAUUGCCAAAACAAACCCAAAAGAUCUAACUGCAGAGGAAAUCAAAAACUUUGUUCGACUUGACAUUGACAAGGCUACAAUCACAUGGCAGAGAGGUUAUUAUUUGAGGAUGGUUUUAAUUUUAACUUAAAGGAAGCAUAGGUUUAAGUUAAAUUGUAUCAAUAUAUAUUCAUAAAUAUGACUACAUCUGGGAUAUUACUAGUAAUGCAUUUGGUAUGGUUUCUCAUUUGCUUUAUAUGCUUUGAUUUAUGAAUCCUGUUAUUCUUCUAUAUAAAGCAUAAGGUUUUCCCCAAAAAAAUAUUCUUACUUCAUUCCAGUAAUUGACACUAAUGACAGAUUUCUUCGUAAGAUUACAAUUGGUCAAGGCUCUCAAGAGAAGGGACAUGAAAGAGAGGUAAAUAUAGGAGCUAUAAAAUUCAAUUUUAAAAAAAUUCAAACUAUAUAAAAAUACCUUUAAAAAUUUUUGUAUGCAAAAUCUUUUAGCUUGACAUCUUUCAUUUAGAUAUUAUUUAACUCUUAUUUCCCUGACUAAAAUAGGUCCAGUUUGAUAUAACGGUUGCCAGUGAGAUAAUGGCUGUCCUUGCUCUGACUACCAGUCUUCGUGAUAUGAGGGAAAGGCUUGGAAGGAUGGUUGUUGCAAGCAACAAGAGUGGCGUCCCCAUCACUGCGGAUGAUUUAGUUAAUAAAAACUUGUGGUUGAAAUGAAAAAUUGAUUUAAAUAGGUAGAGGUCUAGAAUAUGAAUGAGAGGAUUCAUCAAUCUGGUGUUUAUAUGAAUUGAUUUAAAUUCUUUAUGUUUAAAAUAAUUAAAUUUAAGGAUAUGACGAUUUAUAUAUCUUGAUCUAGUUAUCUGAAAUGUUUUUAAUAAUUGGUAAAACAUUGAUAGUAGUUAUUUAAGUAUAAAAGUGUUUGCCUUGAUCUAAGUGAUACACAAAAUCAGCUUAAACUUCAAUACAAAUAUGCUAAUUAUUCAAUCAUCAGACACAUAAAACUGUUUCAUACAUCCACAGGGAGUGGGUGGAGCCCUUACUGUCUUGAUGAAGGAUACCAUUAGACCAAAUCUCAUGCAGACAUUAGAGGUAACACAGCUUCUUGAAUUCUGGCAUUGUUUAUUUGUUGUCAAUUCCACAAUUUUUAUAUUAAAGUUUAAAUUCCUGAUGGUUGCAACUAAAUGUGUCCUUGGGGGCUCUGGUGGAUGAGUCCCAUCGCGUAGCAAAAAAUCUCUCAUUUAUAUUUAAAAAAAUCUUUUGCAAAUGUAAAUCAAUGGCAAAACGGAGUUCCUUCCCUGUCUUCAGUAAUAUAAAUUAAGUCCAGACGUAGCACUGACGCCAGGAAUGAGUUGAAGACGUAGGAAACAUUUUGUCCAUGAAACAUUUCCACUAAAAAUAUCCCGACAUUAUUUACAAGCGAUUCCAAACUCCAUUAUUAUAGAUGAUAGAUAUUAAAUAGUUCCGAACUGUUUCUAAAAAUAGCAGAUAUACAAUAAAGGAGGAGACGUUUAUCAGAUCAGAUAAAAGGAACUGUAUAUAAGGCAGGGGAAAACCUGGUUUUAAUUGGUUUUAAAAAGUAGGGGGUGGAGAAAAGAUUAAAAAAGUGAAGUAAAACAUGACAUUCAAAGUUCCAUAGGUGUGGAUAGUUUGUUCUCUAGGCUCACCAAGUGGGUGUGUUGGUAGAGGAAACAAUAACUGUAAUGGGCAGUUCACCGGCGGUGGUUGCUUCUAUUGAAGUGGGACAAUAUUUGACUUAGCAAUAUUGUGAAGGUGUUCAGUACAUUUGUCUGAAAGUCGCCGACCAGUCUCCUUCAGAUAGGCCAUAAGGUAGUGGGUACAAAUAAUGGCGUAGAUAAAUUGCGGCUUGUGGAAAAGAAACCAUCCCUUAUCAGAAAACUACCCUUGGUGAAGAGAAAAUUAGCUGAUACAUUAACUAGCCUAUCAACAUGCUUACAAUUAUAAUAUCAUACUUAAUUUGUACACUGAAGCUAAGCACAUAUUAAACUCAAUGAACUAUUGACAGAAUGUUUCAUCUCUAAAUUAAACUGCUGAAUGCAUCAGGACAUCAGAACACAUGAGUGUAAAUAUAAAAUUAAAAACUGCUGUUCAUGUGAGCUCUGUUUCAUUUCAAAUGCAUGCAUUCCCAGCAGUAUCCUAAUGUUGUUUUAGAUUACUGCUGCUUCAUAUAAGCCACAACUUAAAUUACUAAUUUCUCCACACAAAAAAUUUUUUUCCUCAGGGGACACCAGUUUUUGUACAUGCUGGCCCAUUUGCAAAUAUUGCUCAUGGUAACUCUUCCAUUCUUGCAGACAAGAUUGCACUUAAGCUGGUGGGGGAAAAUGGAUUUGUUGGUAAGUUCAUUUUUUCACCAAAAAUAAAUAAAAUAUACCUUUGACAAAUAUCUUCAUAAAUAUUUUUUUACAAAUAUUUGAGGGACAUCUGAAAUAUUUAGUAUCAAUAAAACUUGUUAUUAUUCAUUUAUAAUCUGAGAAUAGUUUAAAAAUAGUUUUAAUUUAUUAAGUUCUUAAAAUUGUGUGUAUGCUCUCUUCCCCCCCCCCCCCACCCCCCUUUUUUCCCCCAUCUGUGUGUAUGCUCUCUUCCCCCCCCCCCCACCCCCCUUUUUUCCCCCAUCACAUUACAUUAAUAUUCUAUCUUAGCUUGUAAACUAUCAUUUGCUAGCUACAAACUAUACUUUCAUCUAGAGAACAAGAUCAAGAUAAAAUUUCACAAAUUGUAUCCAUUUAACAUGUUCAUGACAAAAACUAACAUCUUUUCAAAAUCACUGGAUCUUUUAAUAAUCUAUUUAACUACAGUUCAAAAAAUAUAAUCGAUAAUUACAUGUUUAAAAUCUACAUAUAAAUGUAUUUUCUCUGGCUGAAACGUAUUAUCUAAUCCAAACAUAUAGUUUCCUUCAUCAUGUAUUAAUUGGAAUUGACAAAUAAAUAUUUUUCCAUUUUUUGUAUUGCUUGUUAUUUUCUCAUGACUCAUUUUCAACAAUCCAUCUAGUUACUGAAGCUGGGUUUGGUGCUGACAUUGGAAUGGAAAAAUUCUUCAACAUCAAGUGCCGCUACUCAGGCCUUCAGCCUAAUGCUGUUGUUCUAGUUGCCACAAUCAGGGCCUUGAAGAUGCAUGGUGGUGGACCUACAGUGGUGGCUGGGGUACCUCUUCCAAAAGAAUACAGAGAAGAAGUAAGUGUUCAAACAGUGCAAGGUAUUUCCCUCAUUUGAGUUAGAAUGUACAUGGCCAUUCAACUUAUAAUGUAGUUUACCUCUGACUGUUACAAUAAAAGAAUGCCUUCAUGUUAAAUUAAUAUAAUGCUUUCCUUCAAUAACCAAUGAAAUGUUGCUCAAAUGGAUUAAAAAACUAUUUUUAGUUUUUAAAUAUGUAUUUAUUAUUCAUGAUAAAUAAAAUAAUGGCUACUUAAAGUUAAAGAGAGCAUGAUGUUUUAACACUCUGUAAUCAGUGUUAGAGUUUAAAAUUGUCAGUUUAAUUUAAAUCAAUUGAUCCUGGUCUUUAGUUGUUAGCUGAAUUAUUAAUUGAGUCAACAGCAAAUAAUUAAAAUUAGCACCAAAAAAUUUCUUUAUAAACUUUUUGAAAAUUAGUGGACUAAACCAGCUUUACUGUCUUUAAAAUGUUCACUCCUAAAAACAAUUUCUUGUCCUUUCUUCCUUUGUUUGGAAUACACAAGUGCAGAGGAUCCAAUUUUUAGUGUCUUAUUUAAUCUUGUAUAAUUUAUAUUCAUUAUAUACAUGACCCCCGCACAGCUUUCUAAUCAUCUUUAUACUCAAUUAUCCAUUUCUUUUUAAAAAUUAAAUCUCUUAAUAUUUGCAGAAAUUCCAUGUUUGACUUAUACAAUUAUAUUUGUAAUGGCUGACAAGCAACACUAUGAUUUUGAAGUUUGGUUUAAUUAUAUAAUGCUUAUCUAGCUUUUUACUUCAGAACCUGACACUAGUGCAACAAGGCUGCAGCAAUCUGAUUAAACAAAUUCAGAACGCUAAUAAGUUUGGAGUUCCAGUUGUUGUUGCUAUUAAUGGAUUUGCGUGAGUAAUAAUGUUGUAGUAUGUCAUUUCAUUUUCAUUGGGGCACAUUGUUUUAAUAUGAUUAAAUUCAAAAAUAUAAAAAAUAUAUUUUUAUUUCCAAUUUAAAAAUUGAUUAGCCUCAUACUACAGCUAUUUAUUUUAAAAAUUUUAAUCCCACGCUUAUUUGGCUGGCUAACAAAAUAUAUUUAUACAAUAUGUUUUACAAGUAACAUUUAUAUUACUAAAUGAUUAAAAUGUUCUUUUUAAAGAACUGAUACACAAGCAGAACUAGAGCUUGUUCAACAAAUUUCCCGAGAAAAUGGUGCCUUUGAUGCUGUCAUCUGCUACCACUGGGCUAAAGGAGGUCAAGGUGCAGUGGAUUUAGCCUCAGCUGUCGACCGUGCUACUGGACAGCCAAGUGAUUUCAGAUUCCUGUAUGAUGUAAAGGUACUAUAUACUAAGAGACAAUUUAAAAGUUAUUCUUUAUGAAGGUAUCUAAAUUCAUUUUAAAAUUUGAUCAAUCUGGACUCAGUUUUGGACGUAUUAUCUAAUUGUUGAUUAAUUUAUUAUCACCAAACCAUUAAGGUUCCAUUUAAAAAUAAUUUCAAUAUCAUUUUUUCGAACUAAAAAAAUCUUAUAUAAUAUACCAUAAAUUUUUCAUAUUUUUAUCUUAACUGAAAAAAACAAGAUCAAAAUAAUUAUUUAUUAAAAGUUUUCUACUUCUCAGUAUAUUGUAUAGUAUCUAAUUGCUGAAGUGAACAUUUGUUUUUAUUUUUCUACAAAAUAAAUAACUAGAAGCUGUUUUGCUCUUUUAGCUGCCAAUUGAAGUAAAGAUUGAGACCAUUGCUAAAGAAAUUUAUGGAGCUGCUGGCAUUGAAUUAGAACCUUUGGCAAGGGAGCAAAUAGAUCGCUACAAGAAACAAGUAAGACUUAUUGAUCAUGGUAUAGUGUUGACUCCUAUGGGACUGUAAGAAUUUUUAAAACAACUCCUACCAUAGAUGCAGGUGAAAAAUAUUGAAAGAUAUAUUAUGGUAACUAAAUAGAUGUAAAAAGUAAUUCAAGAGCAACUUUAUGAAAAUGUCUAGUAUUUUUAUGCAAUGUUUCAUAUAAAACUUCUCUGCUGUUGUGAACACCGGCUAUAUUCUAUUUGAUUUGAAUCACACAGGGAUUCAAUGACCUUCCGAUUUGCAUGGCAAAAACUCACCUUUCCUUGUCACACAAGCCAGAGCUCAAGGGUGCCCCAACUGGAUUUAUCCUGCCCAUAAGAGAGGCCAGAGCCAGCAUUGGAGCAGGGUUCAUUUAUCCCUUGGUUGGAACUGUAAGUAUCUCAGUAAUGCUUUAUUGAACUCUUUGAAUGUAUGUUACAGGUCUCUCAAAAUUUAAAAAAAUUAUAAGAUGACCGCCACUCAAAACAUUACACCUUCUAUAAACCAUAUCCGCCCAAAUUAUUUUAAGAAAUAUUUUUUAAAAAUUAAGUUAUUUGCAUAAAUAGUGUUUACCUGUAAGAUAGAGAUGCUAUUUUCCCACUUUUGAUGCUAGUUUAUUGGCUAUAAUAUUUUAUUUUAUUUCACAGAUGAGUACUAUGCCUGGUCUACCUACUCGUCCUUGCUUCUAUGACAUAGACAUUGACCCAGACACAGAGGAGAUUUUAGGGCUAUCGUAACCCAAGUGUCGGCCAUAUUAGCUCUUCUUCCAAAAGUAACUUCUCUAUAGUCCUAAUCUUGUUUUAGAAAAUAAUUACUACAUGUCAACUAUAAGUAAUACUGUCAUGAGUUUGAUUAUAAAUAUAAUACGAAAAGGCUGAAAAAUUAAUCCUAUAUAAGAUAAGAUAAGAUUCUUUUUUUGAUCCAAAUAAAUGGAAAUGUUUUUUGAUUGCAUUAUACAUUUUCAGCACAUAAAUAAAACAAUUUGAACACAAGACAUUUACAAUAAAUUAUUUCAAACAGCCAUUCAGUGAGUUCUUUUAGCCGAAUCUGGGACUUAUUAGUUCUCAUGAAGAUGUGUGACUUCAGAGGGAGCACGCAGGUAAAUUCGUACAGAUUAGUUAGUUGCAGUUCUGUUUUUCAAAAGAAAUUAACAUAAAAAUGCAACUUAGUUAUUUAAAAAAAAGAGAAUAAUUUGAAACUAAAUGGAUAUUUGGUAGUUAAUUAAAUUAUUAGCUGAUGUUACUCUUUAGAAUAAUUUUAAUACUGGAAUUGAAGAAUAUGUUGAACACAAAUAAAAAGCCUUAUUAUUUUGGAUUAGUGCCAGGGCUACCAAUUAUGGAGAGUUGAUAAAAAUAAAUUGAUAUAAAAUGACCUGUCUGUGAAAGAUUGUGAGACCAUCUGGCCGUAUGUAAAAAAGAAGAAAUUAUACUUUAAGUUUUGUAUUAUCGGGAAAGAGAUCAGAAAAAUAUAUUAUCCUGUAUUGGUCAACUGUGUGACCAUUAUUAUAAAGAUAGAAGCAGGAGGAAUGAAAUAUUGAAAAAUAAUGUACAAUAAGCCAGUGCCGUAAUUAUAAGUUCAUAUUGAGCUUUUUUGUACUCUUGUAGGUCAUAAUCAUAUGGAUAGGACAAUUUUAUCAUUAAAAUUGUGUCAGCAAAAUGUAUUUAUUGAGUUGGCAAUCUUUUUUAUUGCUGAAAAUAGCCCCAGAAAAUUUUCAAGACUUAUGUAUUUGAGUUGAUUAGCACAUGAUUUUUCUAAUCGCCCAAAAUAAACAUAUUGAAAUAGUUCAAACAUGUUUCAAUUUAAAAAAAAAAAAAUAGAUCAACUGUUUAAAACAAAUAUAAGCUUAAUGUAUCAAGAUUGCAUUACUCAGAUAUUUUGCUUUUUGGGAUAUUUGAUUUGCCCAUAAUAAUGUUGCAGUAUUUAUGUCCGAUCUGUUUAAUAAUUAAUUAAAAUUUAUUCCCUUUAUGCGACAAAUUUCUUGCUGAAAGACCUGAUCGUGUAUCAUGAAAAGAGGGCUGCUUUGAUGUAAUCAGACAGUUUAAUGGCUUUUUGGAUAAUCCUUUUAUUGUCUUUAAUGAUCACAGCCAGGUUAAAUUGUUGUGUUCAUUUUUAUAACAUAAACUCUUGAUGAUUUUUUUCAGAAAAUUAUCAUUAUGGUAUGGUACGCAAUUCUGAAAAUGCGUAAAUACAAAUGCAAGUUAUUAAUUUUUUGAAACCAGAAAUAUUUAAAGUUAAUUGCUUCUGUGUUUGAGAUAUAACAUCCAUUUGGAAAAAGUUGUUUCAAACAUGUAUGAGUACGCUAUUGGUUUUUGGAAAUGUAUGGUGCAUAAAUAUAUAGUUAAGAAGUUUAUAAACAGAUUUCAUUUUCCAUUUACCUGGAUUAUUUCGAGUUUACUGUAUUUUGGAAAUGCUAAUUUAGAUGUGAAAUGCUCAAAAAUCUUGGGAGGAUGGUAAUUUUUCAUUUAUGAACUUUUUAUGUCAUAUUGUAGUAUUAUAAAAGGUGGAUUUAUUUUGUGCAGGCAUGUGCACAUUUUUUUUCCUAGGACUGGUGCUAAGUCAAGGGAAUGGUACCUGUUUUGAUGGAAAAUCUAAUUGAUGAUCAUCUGCAGAAUUUGGAAUAAAAUCCUUGCAACUGCAGUCAAUAAUCUUUUAAACGCUCACUGUGAGUUUAUGUUUGAAUUUCUACUGGGGGCUGAAUAUAAAGUUGUCUUCUGCAGAUGAAAUAAAAAUCUGGCCGGGGUUAGCACAUGCAUAUGGCUUUAUAGAAAUGUGUUUUUUUGUUACUACAUGUAUAUUUAAACUUGUUAAUGUUAUACAAUUAUUUCAUAAUUGAUGCAUUUGUUCUUCAUACAUCCCAUAUCCCAGUUUCAAAAGAUUAAUAAAUAAGUUAUACUGAG